AUAAGACAUUCACAAUAUUCAGAUUACGCAACACGUUGUGACAUAUUCAGUCAUCAAUGAUAAUAUUAUUAAAAUUGAAAAUUAUAAAAUAUAGUGUAAUAAUAUAUCAGAAUAAAGAUUUAAGAUAAUUUAAAAUUAAAAUUGCUCUUUAAUCUCAACUGUCGAGGCAUAAAGUCUUUAGACAGGGCCAAUUAUAAAAUAUAAAUGCUUUGAAUUAUAAUUUAGUUAAUUACAUACACAAUAAUGGAUUUAUUUGCAAUUUAUUUAGCCCACAGUUUACAGUGAUUGCUCCACCAAUGUUAUAAUAAUAUAUAAUUUAUAUUUUUUCUCAUUGAAAAUUCUAUGCCAUCAUGAUGUUAAGUACUGUAUUUUUGUUGAGUUUGUGCGUGGCAACAUGUUUUACUACUUCAAUAGCCGACAACGAUUGGACAUUCACUUUUAACAAUACAAAUAAUGGAGAGUUGGAAAUGGGCAGCAGUACUAAAAUAGUAUUCUACGCACAGACAAAUACAACCUGGGAGGACGAAGAUUUACGACUUCAAGUAAUCAGUUCUGAUGAAGAUGUAGCAUAUCCUAGUAGGCAUUUUUUUAAAUUACCCCAAAAUAAUUCAAUGCCGGCAAGUUUGUGGGAAAAAUCUUUUAACUUAACUUCCGAGUUUCUUGGGUACACAACAUUAUACCUUCAAGUAGUAAAAGUUGAAAAUAAUACAACACGUGUUCUAAAUUCAAGCCAAGAUCACAUGAACAUUAAAGUAAUUCGAAAACCACAAUUGAUUGAUAAGAUAUUUGUCAUUUGUGUCGCCGUUUUGAUGACUAUUAUAUUUAUUAACUUGGGAUGUGCUCUAGAUGUUGAUCAACUUAAACAGUGUGUUAGAAAACCAAUUGCUCCUGCAGCUUCAUUUUUUGCUCAGUUUCUAAUCUUACCAAUAUUAAGUUUUAUUUAUGCUAAGCUAAUAUUUCCAAAUUCAGUUUCAAUGCAAUUGGGUUUGUUUUUUACGGGAAUAAGUCCUGGAGGUGGUGCAUCUAGUGUGUGGUCCCUUCUUUUGGGUGGUAAUAUUAACCUCAGCAUUGUCCUGACGACUGUUGGAACCCUGGAAUCAUUUAUUAUGAUACCAUUUUGGAUUAUCUUUCUUGGUAAACGUAUCUUUUCUGUGGGUGAAAUGCCUGUACCGUAUUCCCGAAUUGGAUUCUCUAUUAUUGCAUUAAUUAUUCCUUUGUGUAUCGGGUAUUGUAUUCAGCGUUUUAUGCCUAGAGUAAGUCGAGUUAUGACACGUAUACUGAAGCCAAUGUCUAGUUGUUUGAUAAUAUUUAUAAUUAUCUUUGCCACAGUCACUAACUUAUACCUGUUCAAAAUAUUUUCUUGGAAAAUUAUUUUAGCAGGUGCAGUGAUACCAUGGACAGGUUAUUUAAUAGGGUUAUUAACAUCUAUCUUUGCACGUUUAUCUACACCAGACAUAAUAUCUAUGACAGUCGAAUCUGGUAUACAAAACACUGGUAUUGCCAUAUUCAUGUUAAAAUUUUCCCUGGGACAGCCAGCUGCAGAUAUAACAACUGUUAUUCCAGUUGCUAUCGCAUUAAUGACGCCCAUUCCCUUAUUAAUAUGUUUUAUAAUUAAAAAGUGUUUUGGAAAAAAGGAUGGAAUAGUAAAUAUUCAAGAUCCAGCAACUGAAUCAAUGCUAGACAAGAGAGAAUGUGAAGUUCCAUCAGCAAAUUCUGAUAAUAAUCAAGCGUGAAUAUAACCAACAAGACUGUUAUAAUAUCACACAAUGUUAGUUAAUCUGUUAAAUUUUAUCUUCAAUUAUACGGAUUGUGAAUGUUUUUUUUUUUUAUUAUAAGAAAAAUUUGUGUUUAAUAUUUUAAUUAAAUAACACAAGUGUAUUUUAUACGAUUAAAAAAAUUGUUUUUCUGGGCAGCUUUGACAAUAAACGACUUAAGAUAACGUCUCACCCACAUGUGUUUACGCAGUCUGAGUAGAACUCGCUCAAUUUUCGUUUUAGAAUAAAAAUACCUUUUAUAAAAUUGAAUUGUAACAAUAUUUCUGAGGGUAAGACGUUAUGUUUUUUUUUUAAAUUAUAAAUUCUUAUAAGUUAAAGGUAUUUUAAGUGUUGAAAUUUUUUCUAUUUCUAAACGAUAUAAUGAACUUUGUAUUGGGUAUAAUGGAAAAAAAGCAACAAUUUGCCCUUAGAAAUAUUAAAAAACUAAAAUAAAAAUUGAGCGAGUUCUACUCAGACUUCGUAAACGCGUUUUGUUUAUGUCGUACAUGUGUAAGACGGAGACAACACAUUCGGGUAUGACGUCCUCUACGCUCUGUUCCAUUUAAGAGUGAACUGCUUUCACGCACAUAGACCAAGCCGGCCGAACAGUGCCUGACCCUCCAUGCGAUGCCUGUGCGUUCUUUGAUUGGCGGACAGUCAUUGCCAGCCUUCAGGCGCCCGUGUUAAUUAAAAUAAUAUUGUUGAGAAUCAUUAAUCAUGUGAGGCUUUUGUAACUAAUAAUGUAUUUGAAUUAUUAUACACGUGGAUAUUAAAUCAUGUUUUUGAAUGAUUUUAUAUCUAUUUAUAUUCAUGCAUGACUUGAAACAAGUAAUAAUAAAUAUUAAAUACAAGA